AUGUCUACCCCCAACGAGAAACCCCCGGCCGCGGACAAGGCCGUUGCUCAAAGUGCUACCGACUCGGACAACGAUGCGACAGCGACGCCCAAGUCUGAAGAGGUCUACGCCGGCAGUGGAGGCAAGGAUACCAUCUGGGCUGCUGGAGCAUCGGGCGCGUUGUACGAGCCCAUUCCCGAGUAUGAGGGAAGACACCGCUACGAUCCUACCGCUGUAUGGACGGAGAAAGAAGAGAAGAAGCUCGUGAGGAGGCUGGACUACCGCAUUUGCUCUUGGGUGUGCAUCAUGUUCUUUGCCCUUCAACUUGACCGCGGCAAUAUCAGCCAGGCUCUGUCGGACAACAUGCUCGACGACCUUGGCCUCACGACGAACCAGUACAACUACGGCAUGACCAUCUUCUACGUGACCUUUCUCAGCGCGGAGCUGCCCUCGCAGAUGAUCUCGAAGAAGCUCGGCCCUGAUGUCUGGAUCCCCAUUCAGAUGGUUAGCUGGUCUAUAGUCGCGGCGUGCCAGUCCAUCCUCGUGGGUGAGAAGGGGUUCUAUGCGACCCGCGCGCUACUCGGUCUCCUCGAGGGCGGCUUUAUCCCCGACGCCAUCCUGUAUCUGACCUACUUCUACACGAGCAAGGAGCUCCCCAUCCGCCUGAGCUAUUUCUACACCUCGUCCUACCUCACGCAGAUCAUCGCUGCCUUCCUCGCCGUCGGCAUCUUCCAGCUCCGCGGCGUCGGCGGCUGGGAGGGCUGGCGAUGGAUGUUCGCCAUCGAGGGCGGUCUGACCGGCCUCAUCGGGAUCUUCUCGUACCUCUACAUGCCCCCCUCGCCGACGCAGACGGCCUCCUGGUUCCGCGGCCGCAAGGGCUGGUUCACCGAGCGCGAGGAGGUCGUCAUGGUGAACCGCAUCCUGCGCGACGACCCCAGCAAGGGCGGCAUGCACAACCGCCAGGGCCUGACGCUCCAGCUCCUCUGGUCGUCCCUCACCGACGUCGACCUCUGGCCCAUCUACCUCAUGGGCUUCACCGUCCUCAUGCCGCUGCGGCCCGUCAUGGCCUACUUUACCCUGACGCUGCGCAACCUCGGCUUCACGACGCUGCAGACUAACCUGCUGACCGUGCCGGCCUUUGCCGUCUUCAUCUUCCAGCUCAUCUUCUGGUCACGCGUCUCGGAGCGCAUCAACAACCGCUUCCUCAUCAUCUCCUUCUGCUCCGUCUGGCUGUUCCCCAUGUUCAUGGCCCUCGCCUUCCUGCCCGCCGACGUCAGCGCCUGGAGCAAGUACGCCGUCCUGGCCCUCAUCAUCGGGUAUCCCUACGUGCACUCGAUCCUCGGUAUGUAUACACAGUCUCCACUCUCAUCUGUACUUGGAAGGAGGAAAAGAAUGCUCAUGUCGUGUCUUCGCACAGUCGGCCUGACCUCCCGCAACGCCGGCUCCGUCCGCACGCGCACCGUCGGCAGUGCCGUGUACAACAUGACGGUGCAGACGAGCAGCAUGAUCGGCUCCAACAUCUACCGCGCCGACGACGCCCCCCUCUACCGCCGCGGCAACAGGGCCAUCAUCGGCAUCAUUGCGUGGAACUUUGUCUCGGCCUUCCUGGUCAAGGGCUACUACAUGUGGCGCAACAAGAAGCGCGACCAGGCGUGGAACGCCCUCGGCGCCGCGGAGAAGGACCACUACCUCGCGACGACGACGGACGAGGGCAGCAGGCGGCUGGACUUUCGGUUCGCGCACUGA